AAUGAAAACAAAGUUUUGGAGCGCUUAUAAAGAAGAUGUGAAAAUUGGAGAGCUUUUGAUAAAGUCAGAAUUUUAGAAGAAAGGAAAGGUUCGAUAUUUAGGUGGGAGUGAGACAAUGCUAAUAAUAUACGAGGUUUCAAUGAGAGUUUAAACAUAAGGACCCCCAAUUCAAAAAGCCUAAGAAGUACACUAUGAUAGACUUUGAUCUAAAAUUUGAGAUGAUACGAACAGCCCCUAAGAUGAAACCUGGUUGUUAGGUAAUAAAGCUAUCAGGAAGUGCUCGAGCUGAUUAAGUGAAGAGCGAGAAUAUAGAGAAACUUGGAGAGGCUAUUGCGUUGUGGCUAUUUCGAGAUGAGGAACAUAGAUAUGAGUUAUGUGCUCAUUCUUUGAUUCUAACACAAUGGAGAUGGUUUUUGGGGAAGAGGAUUAAUUAAUAUGGGUUUCAUCACUUGUUUAAGGUUUUUAAGAAGAUUGGAAAGGGAAACUUUGCAUCAGUUUAUUUGGCUGAGAGAGUAGAGGAUGGAUAAUAGAUGGCUAUUAAGGCAUUUUCAAAGAGUGUGGCAUAUGCAGAAGAGAAUGGAAAGGAAGGUUUAAUGAAUGAAAUAAAGUUGAUGCGGUAAUUAGAUCAUCCAAACAUAAUUAAAUUACAUGAAGUUCAUGAGACAACAAAUUCAUUAUAUGUUUGUUUAGAAUUAUUGGAAGGUGGACAAUUAUAUGAGUAAUUAAAGAAGAAGGUCAUAUUUUCAAAUAAAGAGAUCUUAACUAUUAUAAAAGGAUUAUUAGAAGGUAUUUCUGAAAUAUAUAUUAGGUCUCAAACAUAUUCACUCCAAGGAUAUCAUGCAUAGAGAUAUCAAAUUAGAAAAUAUCUUAUUCAAAAAGCCUAAUCAAAUAGAGUCUGUAUGUCUGGCAGAUUUUGGAUUGGCUACUUAUGUUCAUGAGGAAGUGUAUUUGUAUUGUAGAUGUGGCACUCCAGGGUAUAUGGUUGAAUAUAUAUAAUAGAUUUGUGGCUCCUGAAGUUAUCAAUAUCAAAGAUCUCACAACAAAAUAUGAUAAAGUUUGUGAUAUUUAUUCUUUAGGGUUGGUAUUCCAUUUGUUAUUGACUGGGAAGCCAGCUUUUACUGGUCGUAGUUAUACAACAAUAGUGAAUCAAAAUAAGGAAGCUAAAAUAUAAUGGAAAUCAUCAGCAUUUGAUAUAAUUCCAAAAGCAGCAUUAAAUCUUUUAAAAAGAAUGUUAGAAACAGAUCCAAAAUAAAGAAUUACAGCAGAAGAAGCAUUAAAACAUAAUUAUUUUAAUCCUUAUCAUAUUCCAAAUAUAGCUUAAUUUGAAGAUGAAAAUAUUGAUAUUGAUGAUAGUUGUUAAUUAGAUUAAAGAUUAUAAAAGAUUAAUGAUCUUAAUAAUAAAUUUGAUAUGAUGCGUAUUAAUCAACUAACUAAUUCACCAAUUAAAUCUCCAAAUAUUAGAGCUACAUAAACUUAGGCUAUGAAAGAAUAGAUGAAAGAAAGUGUUUAAUUACAAGAAUAGAUGAUUAUGCAUACUCCAAUUAUUACAGGUAGAAUAGAAAGUAUUGAUGGUAAAUAUAUUAUAUAAUUUAAUUUUAUAUAGAUUCCCCAUUAGAAGGAUCAAAAUAAUAACAAAAAAUGAAAGAAGGCUUAUCUAAACAUAAGAGACAAGAAUCUUUGAAUUUCCUUUAAAAAUAUAAAUAAUAAUAAUAAUAACCAAUUAAUGAUGAAGAUUCAUUACAUUAAUAAGAUGAUUGUAGAGAACCUGCCAUUUAAUAGGUAAAAUAGAGUUUAAGCAAAAAUUUGUGA